AUGAGUGAGGACCAGCUGAACAACUACCUGGACGGCGACUGGGACGGCGUCCAAUCGACUUCCUUCAACGUGCCCCGCGCGGAUCUCGGCACCUCCACGUUCCCCAAGGCCCCGCCUCGCUCCACGACGACCACGCCAGAGCCCGCCGCGGAGGAGGCCGACCGGGCCAUGGACCGGGAGCCGCUGCCCGAGCUCGAGGCGCCGAGCGCCACCGCGGAGGAGCUGGGCCUGGUCGACUUCGAGCCCUUGCCGACGCUCCUCGAGGCCGAGGAGCCCGGCAAGGGGUCGGUGGCUUUCGACGCCGUGGGCGAGGAGGG